AUCAUCUAUCAACUUUUCCGACCGAUGAUUUGAACAAUUGAGAUUUUCGUAAAUUUCUCAUUUUGUUGAUUGUAAAUUCUAAUACAAUAAACAAUACAAUGAUGUCUGCUGAAAAUUCUCCAACUAAGCCCUCAAGAUCUCCUAGUGUGAUAGCAUCAGUUGAAGAUUUCGAGAAUCAAGACACGCUGCUAAAACAUGUAGAUAUCUCAAUUGUGGAGUCUGAAAAACGUGCUAAUGGUACGCUCCACGUCCGAGACCAUUACACGGUCUAUCUAAUCGAUCUAAAAGUGACAGAUCCUGAAUACAAGCUAGUGCAAACCAAAAUCAGCACAAUAUGGAGACGGUAUACAGAAUUUGAACAAAUCCAUGAUUACCUACAAGUCACAUAUCCACAUGUGGUCAUACCCCCACUGCCAGAAAAAAGAGUACUAUACGCAUGGCGUAAAUCUGACACAACAGACCCAGAAUUUGUAGAGCGAAGACGUGCCGGGCUCGAGAACUUCCUACUGCGCGUAGCCUCACACCCCCGCCUAUGCUUCGAUGACCAGUUCAUCAACUUCCUACAGCAGGAGCAUGGAUGGCGGGAAACUAUUACUGACAGUGGAUAUAGAUUACAAGCAGAGAAUAAACUAAAAUCGCUGUCAGUAUCAAUCAGACUAAAAAAGCCGGACCCGGAGAUUGAAAGUGUCAAAAAUUAUGGAAAGCAACUAGAGACUAACUUGGGAAACUUUCUGUAUACUAGGUCAAAAAUAAUAGAAAAGAACUAUGCCUUAUGUAAACUUCACGCGAACUACGGCAAGCUGUUCAGCGAAUGGAGCGUAAUCGAGAAAGAGAUGGGUGAUGGCUUGCAGAAAGCUGGACACUACUUUGAUUCUAUUGCGGACAGCAUAGACUCGGUGGCGGAAGACGAGGAGCAGCUGGCGGACCAGCUGAAGGAGUACCUGUUCUACGCGAGCGCGCUGCAGCAGCUGUGCGCCAACCACGAGGCGCUGCAGGGGGCGCUGCAGGGGGCACACCACACUCUUGACCAGAGGAUAGCAGAGCGGACCCGGGCAGCGGCGGGCAAGUCGGGACUGAUGUCCCGUCUGUUCGGGACCACCGACCCGGACAUAGUACGGGACCAGACCACGCGAGCGCUCGACGCUAAGAUACAAGCUGACGAGGAGGCCAUUGAGAAGGCUAGACUAGAUCUAGAAGAUUUCAACAAGAAGGCGCUAAUAGAAAUCGAGCACUUCCAAAAGCAGAAGGACAAGGACCUUCACGAGUCACUAGUCGCUUUCAUCACAUUACAAGUCAAGGCUGCGAAAAAGAAUCUUCAAGCGUGGACACAGAUAAAGGAAUGCCUCCAAAACAUGCCCUGAACUUAGCUGGGCUUCGGCCACCGUAGGUAUACCAUACGUAUAGUAGGUUAUUCUAGAAACUUCUAACUGUAGUAUUUUUAUAUCUCACUAGUAGGUAGUAUUUCUAUCAAGUAUUUUUGAAGAGGUAUCUUUACAUGCAUGAUCUGGAAUAAUCAUUUGAUAAUUCUUAUCUAUGUUUUCUGAUUUUAUCUCUUGAUAAAGUGAUUUUUAAUAUACCAAAACCAUGAAAUUUUACUAUUUUGUAAUGUAAUUUAAAAUAAAAAGAUAUGAAUCUACAAUCUGUCUAUGAAGAAUGGAUUAUAUAGUGGCGCUGUGUUUAUCAACCAAUCUCUACUUGUUGUCAAAUCUCUACUUUGUGUCUUGUUACUCAAAAAUCCCGUUUCCUCUCUUAUAACGUAAUUCUAUAUUCAGUAUGUGAAGAUAUCUCUCCAAAUAAAAUCAAAAUCUGUAUGCACACUAGCUUGGGCAAAGUUGUGUACAAUAUUAGACUAUUAGUCAAGAGAUAAUCGGUCCUGAUAAAUUUUAAUUAAAAUCCAGUAAAACAGAUUCCAUCAGCUAAACUAUGUUUCUACGUGGGAAGGAAAAAGUUAUAAUGACCGAAGGGACAGACAGUUACAUAAUCAUAACUUUAUUUUGAAGAGAAUGCUAUUUCACUUACAUCAACGGAUAGUUCUUUUCAAUCACAAUCGUUCGACAUGUAACACAAAUUUUCAAUUUAAAAAAUUAGAAUUUAAAACUCGUCACAACUCGAUUUCGGGCGAAUACUAAGGUCAUUGUCCGUUUUCCCUCUUGACUUAGAAACGAAGUUUAGUACCAUCAUAGAGAAAAUUACCUUCUGAAACGUUCGUCUUUGUCAUUUAUAUUAAAAAAAUAUAUAUCUGAUAUAAUUACUCUCAAAAUCAUUACAUUCAAGUUUUAAUUUAUCACUGCAGAUUUUUACAAUAAAUAAUUUAUAUGCCUUAGUAGUAAAUUACUAAAUAUAGUGCCUUUAAAAUGAUACGGACGAACGAUCAUUUUCAACAUGUAUACACUUUUUUCUUUAUUUAUCUAUUUUCUGAUAUUAAAUUGUUGUAUGUACUUAUUUAAAAAAGGUGAACAAUUUUGACAUGUGCUUAUAUACUUUACAAAUGAAGUAUGGCAUAAAAUAAUUUAUUUGUAACGUGUAUAUGUAUAUACAUGUAGAGAUUUGUUACUUUUUUUAAAAGUUUUACCUAAAAAUAUUCCCUGCCCUACAAUACUAAUAUUUAUUUUCUAAUUUACUAAUUGUGAAACUGUAUACCUUAAAAAUGAACACCAAUGUGCUCAACGAUUUUGAAACUAUUCCUUUAUUUAUAAGAGGUUUUUCUACAUUUAAAAUUGCCAUUACUUACUAAAUGUAUCCAAGUUAUAUCCUCAUACUUAUUAAGAUUGUUCAUUCCUUAUCAUAUCAUAAGUAUUAUUCAAGAGUUUAAUAAUGAAUAGUAUAGAGGGUUUUCUGAACACCGGACACAAUCGAAGUCGGCAUCAAAACGUAAUGCCAGCGAACUCUAAUGCAUGUGAACAUUGCGUAGUUAGUAUGGGUGCUUUUAUCUAUCGCAAUGAAAAGCAAUGUAUGUAUACCGAAUCAAAAAAAAAAGUUUGGCAAACUUUUCAAUGACAACGUGGAGCGCAUAAGUUCGAAUCUAUCUGUUACCAUUGGUUAACGGUUUGACACAUCCGUCAGACAAUCAGUUGUCAUAAAAAGUGACUUUUUGUGAAUGCAGAAACUAUGUUUAAACCUUUGAAAUACGUCGGGGUGAAUUUUAUUUCGUUGUGUAUCUAACUAGCGCAAUCUGGUGGAGAAAAGAAUCAGAAACACCCUCAUUAGGAUUAAUUAGGUACUAUUAUUUAUUUUAUUUGUCGUAAUGAGAUAUUUCGUGACCAAAUAUAGUGUAACCCAUAGCGAAAAAUUGUAAAUGAGGUCCAAAUAAUCAGAAAAUUAGUAUAAGUUGUCGGAAAAAUUUGCUUUAGAACUUUCUUUGGAAAUAUUUUGCAGCUACAACUCUAAAUUCGUUAAGUAUUUUUUUUUUUUAAUUCAAAAUGUAGUUAUAUACAUACGUACACCUAGUCCAUCUAUUUGUUAUAAUUAACGAAUUUAAUUAAUUAUUUUUAUGCAAGUUUCAUAAAAAUAUUGUUAACUACAAA